CGGCGCCGUACUUUCCCGACUGGGAGCAGUGCAGGAUCCGAGGUGAGAGGUCAGACCGGUCACAUGACUGCAGCUGGAGCGCGCUGAGAUGGCUGCCGAUCGGCUGCCGGACAAAGAGAAGUUAGUAAACGAAACAAGGCAGCGCUUUACGAGCGAGCAUUUACAAGAUAAGGCUGAGAAAUAUGAUUCUCGAGAUGUUGAAAGACUAAAGCAAGAUAAUGUGUGGGUUGAGAGCUAUUUGCAAUGGAGACAUUACAAUGUGGAUGAUACUUUGAAAAUGAUUGAUGAGAGUUUUCAAUGGAGAAAAGAAUUUUCUGUUCAUGAUUUAAGCGAGUCCAGUCUUCCUAAAUGGACCUUUGAAACUGGAGCUGUUUACCUUCAUGGAUAUGAUAAAGAAGGCAACAAAAUAUUUUGGUUUAGAGUGAAACUGCACAACAAAGAUACAAAGACAGCUUUGGAAAGAAAGAAGUAUGUUGCCUUCUGGUUAGAACGCUAUUCCAAAAGAGAACAAGGAAAACCUCUUACAGCAGUAUUCGACCUGACUGAAACUGGAAUAAGCAAUGUAGAUAUGGACUUUGUGCGUUUUAUCAUCAACUGUUUUAAGAUAUAUUAUCCUAAGUACCUUUCCAAAAUGAUCAUAUAUGAAAUGCCAUGGAUUAUGAAUGCUGCCUGGAAGAUUGUGAAAACAUGGUUAGGACCAGAUGCCUUAAGCCUGCUGAAAUUUGCCAGCAAAGCUGAAGUGCAGGAGUAUAUAAAUAUUGAAUAUUUGCCGGCACACAUGGGAGGAACUGAUCCUUUUAAAUAUAGCUACCCACCAUUGCCAGAUGAUGAUUUUCAAACACCAAUAUGUGAAAAUGGCCCAAUCCCUGGUGAAGAUGAACUGGAUGAUAAAGAAAAAGGAGACGGAGAUUGCAAAGACACUGUUGAUACCAACCACAAUGAAGAGUCUUUGCAGAAACCUAAAAAGGUUUCCUUUGACAAUGAGCGGCCAGAUUUCAAGACUAAAUCAGUUAAGAAACCACAAACAAUGUUUAGAGGAUCAUUGCUGCAUAUAAGUCCUGCUGAAGAUAUUCAUUUUGGCUCUAAAGAAAGUGGAGAAACAAAAUGUUUGAUAGUUCUGACCAAUGUGACAAAGAACCCUGUUGCUUUUAAGGUUCGAACAACAGCCCCUGAUAAAUACAGGGUGAAACCCAGUAAUGGCAGCUUUGAACCUGGUACUUCAAUGGAUAUUUUGGUAUCACUUCAUGGAGGUAUUGAAGCCUCCCCACAGGACAGGUUCUUAGUGAUGGCGGCUGAGAUGAACCAAGCAGCAGGAGCAGCAGUCCCUCCUGAUCUGAGUCAGUUCUGGAAGGAAGUAGCUAGAGACCAAGUGAUGGAGCACAGAUUAAGAUGCCAUGUUAUUGAAAGUAAGGCUACUACUAUUGCCAAAGAGAAUCUCAUUAAAGGGCAUACAGGACUUUCCAGCCAAGAAGAUUUGCAUUCAAAGAUAAAUAGAUUAUUGGUGUCCAAUAGACGACUGGAGGAGCGGAUUGAUCGUUGUCUAAUUUUUCUGCAAUUACUAACUGUCAUGGUUGCAUUGCUGGUCAUUCGCGUUCUAACCUUGCAUUUGCAAUCCUCAGAUAAUGCCAUGCAGUAACUGAGCCAACUUUUUGAUCCACACAAGAUCAUACUACCAAAGUUGUGAUAUUUUUUCAGUUCCCCUUAAAGUUGCCAAUAAUAUGCUGUAGGUUGAAGGCUACAGGAUGACCAAUUUUGUUUUGUAUUCUGCCAUUUUUUGAAACUCUUUGAUAAGAUUUGUAAUAUAAGAAAUUGACUUUCAUGUUUUAAACAAGCUGUCUAGUUGUAAUGAAUCAUGACUGUGAUUUGGCAGUCAAUCUGUAAUAUAUCUUGGUGCUAUGAACAACAUGAAGCAAAAAUGAUUAAACUACUGCUCUCCCCAGGAUUAUUGGGGUAUAAUCCUGAAGCCUAUAAGAUGAAUAAAAACAGGUAAUAAUUCACUUUGAUCUCUCUCUGCUUGUCAAAUGUAGCAAAGCAAAAUCUAUAUCUGAUUUGUUUCUAAUAGUCCCUUAAUUAAUCAACUCAGUCCUGAGGUUCCUAGAACAUGUUGAAUCAUCUAGCAAGAGGGUUCUGGGGAAAUCACUAGCCAUUCAUAAUUCUUUUUAAGUGCUAUAGCGAUGACUAUUGAAUGUACCUUUUUUUAUAAUCAGAAAGAGAAGGUUGGAAAAUAACGUCAUUUACCAGACAAAUGAUGUUGAAAUUAUUUUCUUUCUAAUGAGUUUGAUCAAUGUAAAUGUAGUUAUAAAAAGUAAUGAAGAUUACUGGGUUUACACUGAGUGUUUUGGGUAAAUCAUGUUAACUAUAGUUAGCUUAGUACAUGGACGUUGAUUUUUUUUAAACUGAUUGAGAUCUAAUAUGCUAGAUGACUUGAAUUGCUGUAAAUAAUCUUGGUUUGUUUUCAGUUCCAUUUUGGAAGAUAAUUUUCCUUUUGAUCUAAAUUUUCAUCUUGCUUUAUAUUUAACUGUUUUUUAAAAAAACUGAAAAUCCUGUACCCAAAUUCUAAAUAGCACCAAUCCACUUCUUAGCACAAGAACAAAAGCACAGUGAUGGAAACCAAUGCCAGUGAGCAAUGGCAGUGUUGCAUUUAAAUCUCAAAGUAAUUCGUGCUUGCUUGUGUGUAAAGUUAUUUGCCUUUUAGAAUUUUUGAUGAUAUUUCUCAAACUCCAGUUUGUCAGUGCUGCUGCCUCACCUAGAUUAGUUCCAACUUCACUUCAAAAACAAGAACGAAGGAUCGAUUUAAUGAAAAUUAACCCUCAACUCCUGAGAACACUAUAAUUACCCAAAGACCUAUGACAUUUAAGGAGAAACAAGCACCCCAUCUUGAGGAAGCUUAAUUCUGUCUAUAAUUAUUAUCUGCAAUCUACUUACUCACUCUGUGCAAAGUUUUGCCCCAUAGGUUCUCUUGCAUUCAGUGGAGACUGGUAAAUAAUGUCAAGAGAUUUUUUUAAAGAGAAAAGAUUAAGUAAUGUAGUGCCAAGUGCAAAUGAUACUUGUACAUCAAUAUGCAUAAACUGCAAGCAUUUGAUUAGGAAAUCUACUGACUUUAUAGAAGCAGCACCCAAAUUGUCACUGGCAUGCUUAUUGAAUUUGAUUCAUUAAAAUGUUAAAGAAUAGCAUCAGAAAAUAAGUUUCAAGCAAAAAUGCAGAUCUGAUGGUAACAGAAGCAGAAAAUAUGAAGUUAAAUCACUUCUGUGAGUGUACAAGAGACUUGCUGGAUUGUGAUGAUUGCAUUAUGUAGUAUUUUUUUUCCUAAUCUUUUUGUUUAAAAACUAAUAUAGUUGUAUAUCAUUGAAGCUGAAAGCAUUUCAGUUAUUUGGGACUUCAUAUUUGAAGCAAAAAAUAUAAAAGAUGAAUCAUUUACAAAGUUGUACCUAAUUUAAGAGUUGUGCUAUAAUGCAUUAUACAUUAGUGUACUGAUUAUCACUGCAGAGCUAGAAAUCUAAAUUAAAAUGCACUUUAUGGUAUAAUAAAAUUGUGGAUCAUGUCUUAACACUGCAAAAAGAUUGUUUGCAAGUGUUUUAUAUUAUUUGAAAAUAAACAUUUUGUUUAUAACCAGAUUUCAAGAACAUGCAUAUUUAUUAUAAACUUAUUACAGAAUUGCAUUGUGAAUAAAAUUUAGAAAUUAAAAAUGCAUGGAUGAAUUGCAAAAGUCAUGUAUUAUUCUUAAUUGCUUACCAUAUUAGAGGCUAAUUAGUUUUUAACAUAAGAGCACAAUGAUUAUGGUAGGAUUAGUGUAUAAAUGUUGCUUGAUAGUUGGCGCAGACUGGAUAGGCCAAAGGGCCUGUUU